GUUAGUUCACAGUGCAAACCGUCUGUCGAGCAUAGAGUUCCGCUAGUCGCGCUUUUCAAUUUUUGACAGUUCGAUUUCGAAUCAUCAAGGUGUAUCACGAGGUCGCGAUUUCGCGGAUCAAAUUGAUCAGCGGUCAUCAACCAGUUUCCAGUUCUGAUAGUGUUGUUGUUUUUUGGUGGAAUUAAUUUAUUGAGUGAUGUGUUCAAUUAACAUUCCCAGUGAUAUCCAGGCGGUAUCUUUCGGAUUUUCCUUGAAGGAACACAUGAGACUUCUUUUCUACGUUGGAUGAAGAGUGUAGCCCACCAACUGGAUCUACUAGGUAUAGCGGACAUAGUACAAAGUGUUUGAAAGUGUAAACAAAGUGAACAUCAGUGAAGGUGUGAAAAUGCACCUCUAGUGAUUUUAAUGUGAUUAUUCGUGCAACUAAACUCAGUGUACUAGUAUUAGCUGUGAUCUAUAAAGAAUUAGCAUGAGUUCGUACUUUGCCAACUAUAUGCCAGACAUGAGAAAUGGUGGGGUUGUAUCAGCGGAACACCAACAUCAGCAUUAUGGAGCUGCUGUGCAAGUGCCCCAAGGAGGUGGAGCCGUUCAAGCGGAUCCAAACUCUUGCUCGGGUGACCCUUCCGUGGUGGGUUUGCGGCAAGGUAUCCCACCCCACCACUAUGGUGGCCCUCCUGCAGCAGGACAACCUCCCCAAGGCAUGCCUUAUCCCAGGUUUCCACCCUACGACAGGAUGGACAUCCGAAACGCCGGCUACUACAACGCGCAACAGCAGAUGGAUGGCCAGUACCGACCUGACAGUCCGAGCAAUUUGCAUAUGGGGGGAAACGGGGCUCCAAAUGGACAUCAAACGCCUGUGGUGUAUGCUAGUUGUAAAUUGCAAGCGGCAGCGGUGACGCAGAACGGUGUGUUAGGUCCUACGGGGAGUCCGCCUCUGGAUAGCGCGCAGAAUAUGAAUACUCACCACAUGGGGCAUCAUAUGCAAGAGCAGCAUCCGCAGCACCACCAGCAGCAGCACCACCAACAGCAGCAACAUAUGAUGUACCCUGGGCAGCAAAAUGCGAGUAUGCAUCAAGCUCCUCCACACCAAGCACCUCCCCUACAGCAGCAACCUCAACCUGUUCAGCAGCCUCCAAAUAAUACGGCUUCCUCGUUACCUAGUCCGCUUUAUCCUUGGAUGAGGAGUCAAUUUGAAAGGAAAAGGGGUCGACAAACCUACACCCGAUACCAAACGCUGGAAUUAGAAAAAGAGUUCCAUUUCAACAGGUACUUGACGAGGCGAAGGAGAAUAGAGAUCGCACAUGCCUUGUGUUUGACCGAAAGGCAAAUCAAAAUAUGGUUCCAAAACAGGCGCAUGAAGUGGAAAAAAGAAAACAAGACCAAAGGAGAAGGCGGUUCAGAAGGUGGUGGCGAUGACAUUAGUCCUCAAGGAUCACCACAGUGAACCAAGACGUAUUAAACUAUGUACCUUAAUACACAUUUUAGUCAUUGCAUUUGCCUUUGCCUUUGGCAUGGGCCCCUUUUUGGCAGGAACUCUUCAAAAUUCCCCACAACCGUAUUGACCUCUUAAGAAAGUCUUUUUGUGUAUAUUUAAAGUCGAUAUAUUAGUUCUAUACGCGAUUAUAGAUGGAUUUUAUAGUUAAUUUAUUUAUAUUUGUAGAUAACAUAGUCUUUUUAUUAUUUUCUGUGCGAAUCUCCAUUUUGGACUCUCGUUUUAAACUUUAUUCAUGAGGCCAGUGCUACGUGCAAUUUAGUGAAAGCAGAUGGACUGCCAAAAUGUUAGUGAAAAGUACAUACCCGGGUUUGAAUUUUUUGUAUAAAUAUCUUGAUAUUCCUAAUUCCUGGUCAUGAAAGAAUUGUGGUUCAGAAUAUCUACAAGAACAUCUUUCCAUUAUGGAUGAUAUUGAAAGGUCAGUGACGUCAUUUUCUUGUGCGAAAUGUUGAUGUCGCUUGCAAGCUAACUUGAACUAUGAAACAAAUUUAGGAACACUUUUAUCGUUCAAGUUAGCUUGUUUCAGAUAUUGAAUUAUAGAAACUCUUACUUGUUUUACAAAAGAAAAACUUGAAAAUCCGUACUAUGAUGAGAUCAUUUUGGUGAUUUCCCAAUAAAUUUAUUCCAC